GGCAUCUAGAAUGAUCUAGUGUGGACAGUGCACAGUGCUGUAGCCUAUGAGCGACGUGAAGGACACCGGAGAGGACGACCGCAUGACCUUACCAUCGGCUAGAGGACCGGUAUCCCACGUGUCUUUAGGACCGGAGGGUGAUAGGGAACUGUUCCGCCGGCAGAGGGAGAGGCAGCAGCAGAGGAGGGCUAGAGCAGUCGAGGCCAGCAGGGCAUUUGCUAGCGAGGCCAGUGCUAUAGCAGCCAUGGCUACCACAGCCAUGAGCACGUCUGCGCAGCAGACUUCCCAAGCCGGUAGUUCCGGUACCGCCGGGUCCACGGUCGUGCAGACCGUGAGUCAGUCCACUGGCUUAAUGGCAAGCCAGCCCGCGGUGUUGUCCCCAGAGGAUGUCGCCAUCCAGCAGGCAGCCCUGCAAGAGGCACAGUUACAGGAGGCAUUAGGACAGAUAAAAAGGGAAAAAGAGAUGAUGAUUAGAAGAAGAACCAGGAUGCAACAGAGAGGGGCAGACAUAGAGGAGUUAGAGACGAUGAACCUGACGCAUAUGAAUGAUGAUGUGAAGAAAUUGAAGGACUUCCUAAGAAUGGUGGAAGAAAGGUGGCAUGAUCCUCAGGAGGUUCAAAAGGCCACUGAUGCGAUCCUGACACUGCACACCCGACAGUUUAAGUCAGUAAGGGAUGCGAUCGACGCUGUAGAGCGUUUGAUUUGUGUUCCAGGGGUACGCUAUGACCCCCAGGUCCUGUUAACUUCGUACUUGAGAUGCUUAUCUCAGCCUCUCAGGAACCAGUUGGCAAAAGAGGCCAACAUGAAUGUGCACAACUUUGCUUCGUUUAGCAAGGUAGCCCUGGACCUUGAAGCAAAGAUAGGGCAUGGACAGACACCCACUACGGAAGGGAAAAAGAAGACACUGCCUCCCAACUGGAAGGCGAAGGGUCGCUUAAUGUUUGUCGACAAUGAUGGUUCAACCAUCGAGUUGGACGGCAACCUCCAGGAGGGAGUAGGUGCAGAGGCAGGGGGCGAUACUUCAGAGGGUGGAGUAGUCGCCGYCGUAACCCAACAAAAAGGUAAAGGGACCGGUAGACGCCCUAGGGGAUCCCGGUCGAAGAGUCAAACAGACCCCAAUGCUCCUCCAUGGGAGAAAGCGGGUCUAUCUGAGGACGUGUGGAGAGAUCGGUGGGCACGGCAAGCUUGUAUCAAGUGUGGCCAAUAUGGUCAUAGCAUGUACAAGUGYCGUAAUAGGAAGGUCACCGAGAAGAUCCCGCCCACUAUGGGGUCGGCGGUAGGAUCCUCUCAACCUGUUGGCAGCAACAUUGCUAGUUCUUCAGGCAGUGCUCCGGGAAACACGUCGGGCCAGUAGGGAUAGUAGUUGUUCCUACUACGGUCGCGAUGGUGGAUUCACCCUCACCUUCGCGAGAGAUGGCCCAAGCUACAGACUCUCCAGUCGUCCCGCAAACACAUUCAAACCCAUCGACCUUCUGUUCGAUGAAUGUGUUUGAAUCCUUAGAGGAGCUAGAGCAUGAGUGGUCUAGAUCAGAUCCACUAGCUUCUUGGACAGCGUUAGUUAAAGCCCCUGAGAGUGAAAUGUUUGUCAGCGAGGUAAUUAUAGGAGGCCGCAAGGCCGGGGCCUAUUACGACACUUGCUCGACUAGGAACUUUAUUAGCCGCGCGUGCGUUGAGAGGCUGCGCUUACAGGGGCAAGUGCAUCGCCUGAGUCGACCUGUGGAGUCGACCUGUACCAACAAACAGCGCAUGGUAGU